UCUGUAGAGAGUGGCUGCAGCCAUAAGAACAUGAAGUCGCCAUCAGCACCGGGUUACUCAAGAGAACUGAGGAACCCCUCCAGUGAGUUUCAUAAUUAGGUUGUGUAAGGGCACAUUACGUAUGAGGGCUUUAGAAGCCAGCGGGCAACAAAUGCAGUUCCUUGCCGCACUGAAAACAUUGAUUUAACCGCCAACUCGGACUGUGAACCAACCAUGAAAACGAACAGGGAGAAAGUAAUUGGAAGUCAAGUGAUUUCAGCCGAACUUGUGACAGGACUACUACUCAGCAUGGCGUAUAGGAUGUGUUCGAGUUUGGCUUUUUCCUCAGAGGGGGAAAGCGUCGAAAGCGCGCACUUUGAAGUAACGCGCUCGCUCGUAUGUGUGUGGGUUGCCAGUAAUAUUAAAUUCAUUUUCUUCAAAAGCAACAACCAUCCACUUUCUCUUUCAGCUCAUUCCGUCUCAAGGCUUGUUGCCUUCCUUUCACUGUUGGGAGUUUGCAGAGAGGCACACAUUCAAGGAACAGACCGCAGACAUCUUCCCAUGGUGGAUGUGGCGGUGUUCUUGUUCUUUCUUCUAAGCAGUUUGAUUCUUUUGAUCUUGGAUCACAAUCAGUUGAAAGGGUCUUUGAAACGAUCUGAACUGCUCGCUAAGCCCCAGAGGUUUUUCCUUCAAGUGGAUUUUUUUGCCAACUUCAUUUGUGGCCUCAUGUGGUUGGUUUUUCCAGGAUGGCUUCUUGGGUCACAGAUUAAUGGAUCUGAGGAUCAUCUUUAUCUCACUCGGGCAUUUGGAGCCAUGAUGGUCGGAGACAGCUUUGUUUCUUUUAUGACUCAGAAGCAAAUGGGAACCAAUGAGGUAUCUGUCUUCAGCAGCCGAGCUGUGGGAACUUCUGCGGUUGCCAUCUUCAUGAUUCACACCCAGCUCACCACAUCGGCAUGGAAAACCCCACAUCUCUGUUUGGGUCUAAUAGGGGUCAGUCUCUGGGCUGGAAACUCCAUCCUUGGCUACCUGACCUCCAAAGACGUGACGACAGAGUCAGUGAAUGAUAUAUACUGGCAUGCUGUACAGAGAAAAGACAGAAGACUUUAUGUACAAUAGAUAUUUUGUCAAUACUGAACAUGUCACCUUUUUUCUCAGUAAAUAUAUUUGUAAAGGUGCUGUUGACUUGAAAUUUUCACCAGAUGCCGGUAACAACCCAAGUAAUCCAUACGUACAAAACAAAUAAGUUCAGAAAUUAAGUUAUGCAUAAUAAAAUGGAAUGAGACAGGGAAAAAGUAUUGAACACAUGAAGAAAGGGAGGUUCAAAAAGGCAUGGAAGACCAAGACAACAGUUGAAAUCUAUCAGUAAUUAGAAAACAAUCCUGCCCCUAGUCAGUGGAAAUUAAUAUUAGCUGGUUCAGUCCCAACACCUACAGUACCAGGAUGAUGAAGAUAACACAAGGGUGGACAUUUCAGCAAGACAGUGAUCCCAAACACAGCCAAGAAAACUCUCAAUUGGUUUCAGAAAAAGAAAAUAAAGCUGCUAGAAUGGGCAGCCAAUCACCUGACUUGAAUCCAAUAGAACAUUUAUGGAAAGAACUAAAGAUCAGAGUUCAUAGAAGAGGCCCAGGCCAAAAUCACAUGCGACUAGUUUCUCCAUACAGGAGGCGUCUUGAAGCUGUCAUUACCAACAAAAGCUUUUGUGCAAAGUAUUAAAUAAAUUUCAGUAGUUCAAUACUUUUUCCCUGUGUCAUUCCAUUUUAUUACACGACUCAAUUUUUUUUUUUGUUUUCUUUGUAUGUAUGGAUUACUUUGGUUGUUACCGACAUCUGGUUAAAUUUCAAGCCAACAGCAACUUUAGAAAUAUAUUUACUGAAAAAAAUAGUGACGUGUUCAAUACUUAUUUUACCUGCUGUAUUUUAUGACAUCAUUGUGUGCAUUUCAAUGCUUUAUGAAGUUUUUGACAAACUAUUUAUACUGUAAAUAUAGUUUUAUGAAUAUUAAAUAGAUGUAUUCUUUUGUAAAUAAUGGUUCUUUUUCAUUUAUACUCAUAAAUAUUGUGAGCAAAUUGACAAUAUCACUUUCAAUAUGCAAUGUAGAUAUGCAAAUAAAGACAAAGUUGUCUGGUGACUUGAACCGCACUUCAUAUGAAGU